AUGGACACCGAGAGUGGCAAUAUUGCUCCCGGAAACGAUCCCGUCGUGGUGCCCGAACUGGGGAGUGAAAAUGGCAGCGGGGUGAAGUGGAGGCGCACGAGCUCCGGAAUGGGUGCCCUGCGUUGUUUCACAAACAUAAUUCCCUAUGGCGGUCUCUUGUCGACGACGUUUAACCUUGCGAGCGCCACGCUUGGUGGCGGGGUGAUCAGCCUGGCAGCGGGCUUUCAGAUGAGUGGUGUCGCCUUCUCCAUCAUCCUUCUUGUCCUGGUGACGGUGUGCACUGUCUAUUCGGUCGGCCUGAUGAUGCAGGCUGUGGAGAUGACCGGCUAUAAUUCAUACGCGGAGCUCUCAAAGAA